ACGUACGAAUGGAAUAAAUUAAAUAUUACAUAAGCUUGCAGAGAUGGGGUUCCUCUGUUUUUAAAUUCACAUGAUUGUUUCAUUUCGCCUUUAAAAACACACACACACACACACAGCAUCAGCAAUUUUUUUAUGCUAUAAAAAGCCAGACCCUUCAUUUCAGGUCCUAUUCUUCACUAACUUUUCUCAAUUGGGGAGCAAGUUCAAGUUGAGAGACAAACAAAGAGACAGAGAUGGUUUCUACAUUACAAAAGAGAUUCGAUUCACGCAACAAGCUACGCCUUGUUCGAUCUCUGGCCACCUAUGAAUCCUCUGCAAAACAGAGGUGUAUGUUCUGGAAUGCUGUUCUCUUCAUUCAUAAGCUUAAACUCAAGCUGGAAGCAAUUGAGAGAGAGUAUUCAAAUCUAUUGGCCAUGAAAAGAGAAUACUUGAACUCAAUAAAGCAAUUUCAUUCCCCCAAGGAAGUGAAGGUUGAGAAGAAUGGAGAAGAGUUUAAAGUGAAAGUGAGAUGCGAAAAGGGAGGGGACAGAUUGGUUUCAGUAUUAGAAGCAUUUGAGAAAAUGGGUCUUAAUGUUGUGGAAGCUAGAGUUUCAUGUACUGAAUGUUUUUGUAUGGAAGCCAUUGCUGUAGCUGAAAAUCAUCGAUUGCUUAAUGUCAGUGAUAUAACUGAAGCUAUUAAUGUAGCCAUUGAUGGCAAAUUAUUAGCUGGAAAUCAGCAUCACAAAGACAUUCCUGAGAAUGAUGCUGAAAUUUAGCCACUUGCUAACCUAUCAAUUCAAUGAAAAUGUUUCUUGCUAUUCCAAUCUUUUGUAU